GUGACGUUGCUAUACACCAGAAACAGCAGUACAAGGUUGUUGGACACACUUUGCUGUCUGUUCGAGUGUUUUUAUGUGUUUUCGGAGUGAACGUCCAGACCGUGUUUAGCUCCGGAGCUGACGGCGGCAUCAUGGCGUCUGGAGGCCCCAUGAUGAACGGUGACAUCUCUCGCUCUGCUGGUCAGUCUGGCACGCUGGAGGAAACCCUGCAGCAGAUGAACAUCCUCAUCCAGGAGAACAGGGACCUAAAAGAGGCCCUGCGUCAGACCAACCUGACGAUGAAGGAGCGUUUUGAGGGUCUGUCUGCGUGGCGGGAGAAGCAGCGGGAGGAGCGGGACUUCCUGGAGAGCAGGCUGGAGGAGGCUCGUGGCCGCAUGGAGGCGCUGAACCGCCAAAACCAAGAGCUGACCAGGAGGCUGGAGGAGGUGGGGAAGGCAGGAGGAUCCCAGGCAACAUCAUCAGAGCUGGAGGUCCUGCGCGCCCAGGUUGCUCGCCUGCAGGCAGAAAAGAACGACCUGGUGGCCAUGAACUCUGAGCUGCAGCUGAAGGCGGACCAGGACUCUCGGGACGACGACUUCAUCGAGGUCAUCAGGGUCUCGGAUGGAGGCGUCGAUGGCGUGAACGACGUGUGCGGCACAGAGCGCAGCAGACGUCUGGAGCUGAGCAUGACGGCGUCCCGGCUGGACAGCAAGGAGGGGACGGUGAGCCAGUUGCUCCAGUCGCUGAGGAACGAGACUCAGCGGGCCGAUCAGCUGCAGACAGAGCUGCAGGACUGUGCUGCCAGAAUUAAAGAGCUAGAGGAGACGAAGAGUAACGUGGAGGAAUCAACACAGACGACCCAGCCAGAGACCACGGACACCAAGGAAGAGAAGGCAGCAUCUGAAGUGGAGAAUCUCAAGUCUCAGAUGAUGACACUGUUCAAAGAGCUGCAGCAGGCCCAGAGCAAGCUGGAUGAAGCAGAAGGCAUGAAGAAGAACCUGCAGGACAGAUGCCGGGAGGUGGAGCAGGACGUGGCCACUCUGAAGGCUCAGCUGGUGGAGAAACAGGCCGUUCAGUCGGAGAACGACCGGCUGAAGCUGCAGCUGGACAGCAUGCAGGCCCAGAGCCAGAUGGAGCAGAAGAAGGCCGGGGAGGAGAGAAACACCCUGGCCCAGCUGAAGGACGCCUAUACCAAACUGUUUGAAGACUACAAUGAGCUCAAAGAGGAGAAGAAGAAAAAAGAGUCUCAGCUGGUGCAGAAGGAGGUGGUGGACGAGCUGCAGGACCGGCUGACUGCUGCUGAAGAAGCCCUGGCGGUUAAACAGAGUAAGAUUGAUGACAUGAAGCAGGAGAUCUUCCACAAGGAGAAGGAGCUGGAGACCAUAUCCGUGUUCCAGGCUCAGGCGGAGGUCUACUCCUCGGACUUCUAUGCUGAGCGGGCAGCGAGGGAGAAACUCCAUGAGGAGAAGGAGCGUCUGGCUGCUCAGCUGGAAUAUGUUAAGAAGCAGAACACCCAGCUGCAGGAGGAGAUGGACUCGCUGGGCCGACAGUCGCUGAACGAGAUGCAGAGAAGACAUGUGUCUCUGGGAGGGAAUCAACAUGGAGCCGGUGCAGCUCUGGUUGGAAGAGGUACCGACUGGCAGCAUCAGGGAAACAUUCCUGAACACGCCUGUCCCAAGUGCAACGAGAUCCUGCCAGACCUGGACUCCCUGCAGAUCCACAUCAUGGACUGCAUCAACUAGACCUCCAUGAUUAUAAGCAUCUACGACAACAGCAGCAGCAGCAUUAGCACCUUAAAUUGAGUCUUCCUCUGCUUUUGACCUAUACAUCCUCUGAUCGCUGUGACAACACUCCACAGAUCCCCCUACAACAUCAGUAACAGCCACUGUACGAAGGGAACACUUUGCUUUUGUCAGAAUGUAAGUCGAUGGAUUUAAAGCUGGAAUGAGUGUGAACAGAAUAUGUCAUCUCUAGCAUAUUGUAUAUUUGAAAACUGCUCAAACACAUUUGGAAUAGUGAUAAAACAAUAUUAUAGGACACAUCCACUUGUAGGUUUGAGCCCGUCUCCUCUGACAUAUAAUCUGUUUGUUGCUGUGACGAAUGAAAACAAGCUGAAGAUGAAAUUUCUCAAGGCAAAAACAAAUCUGGAACAUCAAAACAGGAAGCACACAAACCCUUUCACAAGAUUUCAGUUUGGUGCUGUCUGCCCGUCACACACACGUUAAAUAAUCUACCAAAGUUGAGCCUUUACAAGUUGUAUUUGUACCAAGUUUGUUGCUGAAGGCUUUUUUUUUUUUUUUUUUUUUUUUUUUUUUUUGAAGGUUUCCUUAUCAGAUCAAAAUGAAACUCUUUCUAUAUUUUUUUGCUUGGAAAAAGAUAUUUUAGCUCAUAAAUGGGUUUUUGCUGUUGGUGUAAGAAGGAGCAUGCACCAUGUUAAUAAUUAAUAUUAAGAUAUAUAUUUUAUUUUCACUCUGCAGAUGAUAUCUGGAAAUGAUAAAGCACUAUAUUUAACUUGUUAAUCAACCUGACUGUAAGUGACAGCUUUUGUACUGGAUGUGUAUGUGCAGGAGGCUCUGACACACUGCUGAGUAUACUGUAUUACAAAGGCCCUCUUGAGUUCAUGUUGUAAUUCUGUCAAUAAAAGUCAUUUGUGAA